AUGUCUCAGCUGUUGAUCUCCCGUAGCGACACCCUCGCCCACCUCUCCAUCACGAUCAGGCAGAAUGCGCUUCUCCUACUCACAGCCCUCGCUCUUGGAUCGCUGUACAUGGUUUCGAAGGGGAUAAAUCGGGGGAAGGUCAACCUUACGGCAACGACCACCGUAAGCAAGAGCGCUUCUGCUAUUGAUACGGUCAACCACGGCCAGUUCGAUCUCUCCGCGUUACGCGUGACUAAGCUCCUUGUCCAUCCCAUCAAGAGCUGUAGGGGAACUUCAGUUACCGAGGUUGCCUAUACACCCUUAGGCCUUGAAUAUGACAGGACAUGGGUGAUUGUCAAGGAAGACAAUCAUAAGAUGGUCACAGCUCGAGAGUUCGCUAAGACGGUUCUUAUCCAUCCUGUGAUUCACAAGGAUCAAGGAGUCCUCGAGGUUUCUUUCCCUGCCGACUUAGGCACCGAGUCUUUCAAGGUUCCGCUGACCCCGGACGAGGAGACUUUGCAGAGCUGGGAAGUUGUAGAAGACAUCAACCACUUCGCGAAAGGUGUAACAGGCUACGUAUGCGAGAGCGUCUCGCCCGCGUCACGCACGCCCUCCGAGAUCCUGUCUGCAUUCCUCGGUCUCCCGAUCCUACUCAUCAUGCAAGGACCGCGUCUAAGUAUAUGUAAUCCAACGGCGCGCCACCCUAACCUCGACGCAUCGUUCGUCUUCCACGAUGGAUAUCCGUUGCUGGUUCUGUCUCAGGAGAGCGUGACGUCUCUUGAGGGCAAGGUGCGCGAGAUGGUCGGUCAGCAGGGUAUCGAGAAGAAGUGGGAGAAAGAGGAGCUACAAAUCGAAAGGUUCCGGCCAAACAUCAUUCUUGGUGGCGCGGGUGCACCUUUUGUCGAAGAUAUCAUUCAGGAAAUCUCCAUACACCCUUCUAGCCCCACGGACGCGUACGGUGAGAAGACAUUGGAGGUGCCACCCACAAUCCACCUUGUGUCAAAGUCUCCCCGCUGCCUGCUGCCGAAUGUGUCUCCAGAGCUAGGCGAACGCGAUAAGGCGGUGCCGUAUAAGGUGCUCAUGAAACAUAGGACGGGUCUUUUGUCUGCGAAGAUGCACAAGCCGUGUUUAGGGUGCAAUGGCGUUCCGACGGCGAGCGGGGUCGUGCGUCUUGGGGACUGGGUGAAGGUGCACAAGGUGGGCAGCGUGUAA